AGCCUCACCGAGGAGAACACGGACGAGAGCCCUGCCCUCUGUGCGCCCCCCAGGGCUGCCCAGGAUGGAGGUGCCCUGAGAAGGCCCCCCCGGCUCGCAGCACGGACCACGCUCGGUUGCCCCAGCACCUCGGGGUCCUGCGGGAAGGAGCCACCGUGAGGGAGACGGGGAAAAAGAGCGAGACCCCGGCUGGGGAUCCCAGGCAGGAGCAGAGCAGGCCUCCUCCCGGCUUCAUGAAUGUCUGAUUUUGCCAGCUGCGGGCUGCAAAUUCACAGAACCGGCUCAGAGAAUUUCGCUGCCACGGCCGGUUUUGGGGUGGCCCUUCUGGAGCAGACGCUGGGCAGGGCCUGGGCCGGCAAGAUGCCCCCUUGCCCUCCCCAGCAGGGCCGGGCCCGGACAACGCUCCUGUCCGCACCACAGCUGAGUGAGCCUGGCCAGCAGGGGGAGAUGGAGCUGACCUGGCAGGAGAUCAUGUCCAUCGCGGAGCUGCAGGGCCUGGAUGUGCCGAAUGAGACCCCCUAUGACCCCGCACUCUACACCCUCAUGCACCAAAUGGCGCCCACUGCCAACUACGGGCACUGCCCAGCGCUGGGGGAUGGCCCAGUGCCCAGCUGCAGCCAGCCUGCCCCAGUGUAUGACCGCCACUAUCUGGAUGCCAUGGUGGCCCCCUGCCCCCGGCUGGGGAUGGGCCCCGUGCCCCCUAUAGACCCCCCUUAUGGCUACACUGGGAUGCUGAUCUCCUCCAGCCUUGACCCGGGGCCGGAAACCACCGCCCUGAGCCAGAUGGGCACUAACAAGACUCCGUCUCUGUCCGGGCUGCUAAGCGAGUCCCAGGGGGAGGCCAGCAGGCGGGCUGAGGGGGGCCGGGCUGAGGGCUACGGCCCCCCGCCACCCUGCAAUGCCCAGGAGGACUUGGAGUCAGAUUCGGGCCUGUCACUCAACUACAGCGACGCCGAUUCCAUGGAGACAGAGGGGCUGGAGCCCAGCAGGCUGCGGCCCGACUACGCGGAGAUGUACCCCGUGGACUACGGCCCGCACUACCCCUUGCUGCCCACCUUGCAGGAGGUGCCCCCCUUUGCCAUGCAGCCCCUGGAGCCGUUCAAGCCCCAGCUGGAGAAGGGCCGGGUGCCUCCGCGGGCCGAGCUGGCCUGCAGCCGGGACGAGCGCCGCGCCCUGGCCAUGAAGAUCCCCUUCCCCACCGAGAAGAUCGUCAACCUGCCGGUGGAUGACUUCAACGAGCUGGUGUCCAAGUACCAGCUGACGGAGCCGCAGCUGGCGCUGAUCCGGGACAUCCGGCGCCGUGGCAAGAACAAGGUGGCGGCCCAGAACUGCCGCAAGCGCAAGCUGGAGAACAUCGUGCAGCUGGAGCAGGAGCUGGAGCAGCUGGGGCGGGAGCGGCAGCAGCUGCUGCGGGACCGCUGUGAGGUGGACAAGACCCUGGGCCUCAUGAAGCAGAAGCUGGGCCAGCUGUACCGCGAGGUCUUCCUCAUGCUGCGGGACGAUGCGGGGAACCCCUACUCGCCCGACGAGUUCUCCCUGCAGCUCACCGCCGACGGCGGCAUCUUUCUGGUGCCACGCAGCAAGAAACUGGACAGCGGGGACUGA